AUGGAUUCGCCAAGACCUGCAUCGGAAUGUCGAAUCAGGGUCGAUUUCACAGCAGGAAAUGACCAACUCUCAGAAUCUGAAGGAACUGAAACCAAACACAACUCGUCAUUUUACUUGAAUCUACUCAGCAAGAGAUUCCAGCACACGUACGCCAGUCUGGAAGAGUAUACACAAGUCAGACUAAAUUUCGAAAACUCUCUCAAGAGGCACACCUUUUUGAACACAAAGCCUAGGGAAGCCAGCAACAGCUCGGCCAGAUAUGGUGUGAAUCAGUUUUCGCAUUUAUCUCCGCAGCAGUUCAGAGACCUGUACUUGCGAGCCAAGGCUGAGGUUGUCCCUCCCUUUAACAUCAGCAGUCUGAAUCACAGCAGCCAUGUGGCCAGAGAGCUGCCUGCCCGCUUCGACUGGCGUGACGAGGGGAAAGUGGGGCCGGUGCAGAACCAGGGAACGUGUGGGGGCUGUUGGGCCUUCAGCAUCGUCGGGGCGACCGAGUCGGUCAGAGCCAAAGAUGGCCAUCCCCUUGAGGAGCUAAGUGUCCAACAGGUCAUCGAUUGCUCGUACAAGGACCAGGGCUGUGAUGGGGGCUCCCCAGUCCGAGCCCUCGCCUGGCUGAAGGAGACCCAGGAGAAGCUGGUGAAGAAGCUUGACUACCCUUAUAAAGGAGAGUCUGGAUUGUGCCAUUUCUUUGCCCAGUCCCACAGUGGUGUGGCAGUGAACGGUUUCAAGGCACAGGACCUCAGUGAUGAGGAAGAUCUCAUGAAGCAGUGGCUGGUGGACUACGGGCCUCUGGUGGUCACGGUAGAUGCGAUGAGCUGGCAAGACUAUCUGGGCGGAGUCAUCCAGCAUCACUGCUCCAGCCGCAAUGCCAACCAUGCAGUACAGGUCACUGGAUACGACACCACAGGCGAUGUGCCGUACUGGAUUGUUCGUAACUCCUGGGGCACUUCCUGGGGCGUGGAUGGUUAUGUCCACAUCAGGAUCGGCGGCAACCUAUGUGGUAUCGCGGACACCGUGGUGGCUGUGUUUGUGUGAGGGGUUGUGUGUGUGAGAUAGUGGUCCAAAGGGAUAGUUAACCACCAAACUUGGCACUUCAUCAAAGGGAUCAAAUGUCACUGUACUCCGCCUGGUAUGAAGCACUUGAAGUUCAUUUUUGGCAUAUUUAAUGGGUUAAGGGGGAACAGCACCAGCACAUGAUGAAGGGAGGUCUACAGGAUUAUGUCUCUGUGUGGCAGUAUGUCUUAAUAAACCAUCAUCCUUGGUGAGGAAAGUGGGUAAAGAUGAUACAGUUUUCAUAAUUUCUUAGACAAUGUCAAAAGUUACAGAAUAGUUUUAUAAUACAGUUUUAUUUUUGUACUUUAACAACAUUUUGAGAAGUGAGACUGUUCGCUUUUAUAUUUUUUUUAAUAUCAAAUCCCAGAUAAUAUCAGAACAAUAAAAUGUCAUAUCCAA